AUGCAGGAAUCAGAUCCUGUUCAAUCUUCUCUUUUGGAUUCAUUUCUUUCUGAGUUCUGUAUUUCAUCUAUCUCAUCAUCAUCUCAAUCAGACCAAGUUACUAGGUGGACUUGGAAUGAAAACAAGCUUUUUGAGAAUGCACUUGUUGAGUUCAACCUUGAUUCUCCUGACAUAUUCAAAAAUAUCGCUUCUAGGGUGCCGGGAAAGACCAUUGAACAAAUCAAAAAACACUACCAAGAUCUGAUCCAAGAUAUUGAAACCAUAUACUCUGGUCAUUUUCCACUACCCAAUUAUAAAGAGAUAGAGAAGGACCCAGAGUCUAAAGCUCCAAAUCAAGCAAAAAUGGACAAAGAGACAUCACCAUCUGCAGGAAAGCCUACCUCUAAUAAGGGAAAGGGAGUAAAACUAUGGACUGAAGAGGAACACCAGAUGUUUGUUUUGGGUUUGGAGAUAUACGGGAGAGGUGACUGGAAGAACAUCUCUAGGAACUGCGUCCGGACUAGGACUCCUUCCCAAAUCGCAAGUCAUGCACAAAAGUACUUCUUGCGCCUGCAAAUGCCCAAGAAGAGGAAGAGGCGGAGACCAAGUGUUGAUAAGUAG